CAUUAUGCUUAAACUGCGCGCAGUCGCUGAUCUGUAAGCAAACCGUCAGCUCGCGGCCUUUGCCUGUGACCCAUCCAUGUGUCUUGCAGAUCCGUGCUGUAGCUACGGAAAGUCCAAGCCCUCCCUACUCUCCGAGCAUCCUUCCAAACAGGCAGGGGGGAAAAAAGAAAAAAAAAGAAGCCAAACACGCAAAAGUUUUCCUGUCCCCAAAGCAGGACUCGACAUGGAUAAAAAGGAGAGGUUUUCGUGACCGAAGCAAACAACUUGGGUUAACUUUUUUGUCCUUCGCUAAAAGAAUGAUAACAUAGUCUCCGGUUUUUGGUGGUGUUUUUGUGUGUGAAGACGCGAAAACGGUAACAGUGGAAAAGUUAGAGGCAGCGUCAGGCUAUGGCGCGAGACGGCGAAGACACCGGGAUGGCCAAGGCUUCAAAAGCCAAACGGCAACGAAAGAAAAAGCCAAAGGAGAACAAAACCAGGACUGUUCACGCCAACAUCCAUUAUGACAACGCAAAGGGAGAGGAAAACCCCAACAGACACUAUGCUAGCAACAAAAUCAAGACCACCAAGUACACCGUGCUGUCAUUCCUGCCCAAGAACCUCUUCGAGCAGUUCCAUCGCUUUGCUAAUGUUUACUUCGUCUUUAUCGCUUUGCUCAAUUUUGUCCCGGUUGUCAACGCCUUCCAACCCGAACUUGCUCUGGCUCCGGUGGUUUUCAUCCUGUCCGUCACUGCCAUUAAGGACCUGUGGGAGGACUACAGGAGACACAGGUCGGAUAAAGAAAUCAAUCACAUGGACUGCCUGGUCUACAGCAGAGAGGCCAAACGCUACGUGGAGAAGUACUGGAAAGAGUUGCGAGUCGGGGACUUUAUCCGGCUGCGAUGUAACGAGAUUCUCCCCGCCGACAUCCUGCUGCUGACCUCCAGCGACCCGGAUCACCUGUGCCACAUCGAGACCGCCACGCUGGACGGAGAGACCAACCUGAAGCAGAGGCAGAUCGUCCGCAGCUUCUUUGACCUGGACUGUGAUUUUGACCCGUUAAAGUUCAGCAGCAUAAUUGAAUGUGAAAAGCCCAACAAUGACCUGAACCGAUUUCGAGGCUACAUAAUCCACCGAAACGGCAGAAGAGACGCACUUCACAAAGAGAACCUCCUCCUGCGAGGCUGCACCGUCCGCAACACAGAGGAAGCCGUGGGCAUCGUCAUCUAUGCAGGUCACGAGACCAAGGCCAUGCUCAACAACAACGGGCCACGUUACAAACGCAGCAAGCUGGAGAGACAGAUGAAUGUGGACGUGUUCUGGUGUGCCUUCAUCCUGCUGGUGUUGUGCCUGUUUGUUGCUGUUGGUCACGGGCUGUGGAUGUUUCAGUACGGAGAUAAGAGACCCGUGUUUGAUGUUCUUAGUCCAGAAGGGACAGACUUAUCACUUGUGAUGUCAGUCAUUUAUCUCUUCCUCACCAUGAUCAUCGUCUUUCAGGUGCUGAUACCCAUCUCGCUCUUCGUGUCGAUUGAAAUUGUGAAGAUCUGCCAAGUGUACUUCAUCCAUCAGGACAUGGAUCUGUACGACGAGGAGACGGACUCCCAGCUGCAGUGCAGGGCGCUUAAUAUCACCGAGGAUCUGGGCCAGAUGCAAUACAUCUUCUCCGACAAGACUGGCACGCUGACAGAAAACAAGAUGGUGUUCCGGCGCUGCACUGUGGCCGGAGUGGAGUACUCGCACGACGCCAACGCUAGAAGGAUCGCCAUGUAUCAGGAAAUCGAUUCUGAGGAGGAGGAGUUCAUGUCCCACGGAGGCACCCUGCCCAGACGGGACAGCGUCACCAGCCAUCAGAGCGGACGCGUCGUGCUACGCUCCCACAGCACCAAGUCCCACCGCAGGACGGGCAGCAGGGCCGAGGCCAAGCGGGCCAGCAUCCUCUCCAAGCACACGGCCUUCAGCAGCCCCAUGGAGAAGGAUGUCACCCCCGACCCUCAGCUCCUGGACAGAGUCAAUGAAUGCAGCAGUCAGCUGGACUUCAUGCGCUUUCACCACCAGUCCAUGUCCCACCUGCCCUCUGGCCUCUCUGAUAUCAUCGAUUUCUUCAUCGCUCUCACGAUCUGUAACACCGUGGUGGUGACCUCGCCUAAUCAGCCCAGGCAUAAGGUCCGAACAAGAUUUGAACUGAAGUCUCCGGUGAAGACCUUCGAAGACUUCAUCAAGCGCUUCACCCCCAGCCGCCUGACUUCGGGCUCCAACAGCAGCAGCUCUUCCAGUCUCAACCGCUCUUCCAACAGGGGAUGCUCCAGCCUGCUCUCCUCUCCCUCGACAGAGAGCACGCUAACCAAGCUGAACGAGGAGCAUCUUUCCGGCACCCUGGAGCAAGCCUUCAGCGCCUUUUCACCUCAGUACGACGAAAAACCGCCCGACCACCCCGAGGAAGGAGAGCUGCGCUACGAGGCGGAGUCGCCCGACGAGGCCGCGUUGGUCUACGCCGCCAGGGCGUACAAGUGCUCCCUGGUUGGACGCCUCCCUGACCAGGUGACGGUGGAGCUGCCUCACCUGGGGAAGCUGACGUUUGAGCUGCUGCACACGCUGGGCUUUGACUCCACCAGGAAGCGCAUGUCGGUGGUGGUGAGGCACCCGCUCACCGAUCAAAUCACAGUCUAUACCAAAGGAGCGGACUCCGUCAUCAUGAACCUCAUCAAACCUCCCGACACAGGCAACACCAAAGGAAAGCGUCAGAAAAAGAUUUUCUGCCGGACGCAGAACUACCUGAACCUGUACGCCGCAGACGGCCUUCGCACACUCUGCAUUGCCAAAAAGACUUUGAGUAAAGAGGAAUACGCCCGCUGGCUGCAGCGCCACCUGGAGGCCGAGACGACCAUCCAGGGAAGAGAGGAGCUGCUCUUUGAGUCGGCGUUGAGGCUGGAGACAAACCUCCACCUUUUAGGAGCGACUGGCGUUGAGGAUCGGCUGCAGGACGGCGUCCCAGAAACAAUAGCUACGCUGCGGAAAGCCGGCCUGCAGAUCUGGGUCUUGACGGGUGACAAACAGGAAACGGCAGUCAACAUUGCCUACGCCUGCAAGCUGCUGGACCCCGAUGAGGAGAUUAUAACGCUGAACGCCGACUCCCAGGAGGACUGCGGUGUGUUGCUGGAGGAAAGUUUACGUUACAUCCAGUCCAAAUUCCUCUGCAACUCCAGAGACCCAUCCACCAAGACCUUCCUGAGUAACAUAGCGCACUUUGAGAUUUACCCACAAUCCUCCCUUUCCUCCUCCCAAACCGCUCACUUCAUGGUGCACCGGCUGGGCUUGGUAAUUGACGGGCGGACCUUGGCCUACGCCCUGGACAAGAGCCUGGAGGAUAAGUUCCUGGCGAUCGCUCGGAGCUGCCGCUCGGUGCUGUGCUGCCGGUCCACACCACUGCAGAAGAGCAUGGUGGUCAAACUGGUGCGAAACAAGCUGAAAGUCAUGACUCUGGCCAUAGGUGACGGAGCUAAUGAUGUCAGCAUGAUCCAGGUAGCGGACGUCGGCGUGGGGAUAUCCGGACAGGAGGGCAUGCAGGCGGUGAUGGCGAGCGACUUUGCUCUUCCUCGUUUCCGGUAUCUGCAGAAGCUCCUGCUGGUGCAUGGACACUGGUGCUACUCUCGGCUGGCGAACAUGAUCCUGUACUACUUCUACAAGAAUGCCAUGCUUGUAACCAUCGUCUUCUGGUAUCAGUUCUACUGUGGCUUCUCUGGUUCAGCCAUGAUCGACCAGUGGUAUCUCAUCUUCUUCAACUUGAUGUUCUCCGCCUUCCCUCAACUUAUCACUGGUACUCUGGACAAAGACGUGUCACAAGAGACGCUCCAGCAACUACCUCAGCUCUAUAUGAGCGGCCAGAACUCUGAGGAAUAUAAACCAUACAUGUUCUGGAUGAACAUGGUUGAUGCCUUCUACCAAAGUCUGGUGUGCUUCUUCAUCCCUUACUUUGCCUACGCUGACUCAGACGUGGAUCUGUUUACGUGGGGAACUCCCAUCACAACCAUAGCUCUGUUCACCAUCCUGAUGCAUUUAGGGAUCGAGACCAAAACCUGGACCUGGAUGAACUGGCUGUCGAUAGCCUUCAGUGUAGCUUUAUUCUUCACCGCCGCUCUGUUCUACAACGCCUCCUGUCCCACCUGCUACUCCCCCUCCAACUCCUACUGGACCAUCCAGAGGCUGCUCCAGGACCCGCUCUUCUACCUGCUGUGCGCCAUCACCCCCAUGCUGGCGCUGCUGCCUCGAUAUUUCUACAGGGCGUGUCAAGGCACUCUGUUUCCAAGUGUGGCACAGGCCGGGAGGCAGCUAGAUAAGCUCCCUUCCGACACUCGUAGGAACGUCCUAGGGCUGAGCAGGUUCAAGAUGAGGUCACUGCUGGGUGCCGGACCCAACUUCCUGUCGCUCAGCAAGCCCAAAGUUAGCCAGACGACCACGCCCGGCUCCAGUCAGGACAAACAGAGCCCCAUGAAGCAAACUCGUAAAGAGAAGGGCCAGAAAAUCCAGUUGGUGCUUCCCCACUCGCACGCUCCGUCACACGCCACACACAGCCCUCGGCUCUCCGGCAAGCCAAAACCUCAUUCCACCAAACACUCGGAUGAGACCUUACCACCACCAGGUCCGAGUUCACCCAGCCAGACAGCUUCCCCACCGCUGGUCAAACAGAUGGUCAGCAUCCACCUGAACCUGCCCCCCGACGGAGCCUCGCAGUGCGUUACGUACACACAGAGCUCAGAGGGAGGACUCCGCUGCGGCCGCGUUGCCGAGCCGGCACACAGGACCGUCCCGGCGGCAGAACGGGCGCCGCACACUUCCUUAUGAUGUCUCACCGUACAACUCCUGGCAAAAGCUUAGGGAACCACUGGUCUGGUGGGGGGAGGCAGUCGGUCUGUUUUACUUUGUAAAUGCUACAGAUACACCCACAAUUAUUUCAUUGAACUAUUCUCAUUAGUUGGUGUGAAAACUUCAGAAACGUGCAAGUUGUGUUUAAUAGCACUUUUUUUUUUCUAGAUGAAGUAGAGGGAAAAAAAAAAGGAUGGAACUCCUCGAUUAUUGCAUGAACCAAAAAAAAAAACUCACUUGGAAAUAAAUAUAUUUAUCAACUAAGUUCCAGUAUUAUAUAGAAUAAGCAGAUCAGCUUCAUGGACACUUGAAGCAUCUAUAGUCUGUGAUCCAGACUGUGCUUCAGUUAUAUUUUUAUAGCGAAAUUCCUAUCUCAAACAUUUAGUUAGUUUUUCUUUUUAACACAUUGGCAUUAAAAUAAAAAAAAAAUUAUCAUGCCUCUUAUUCUCACACACACACACACACACACACACACACAUAUAUUUUAGCGUGAACUGACAUUAUCUGUUUAUCGUUGAUUAUUUUUAUUAGUACUUUUAGGAAGAGAGUCAAUGCCAUGCUGCGGAUUUGAGAAAAACCAUCAAUAAAGAUUUUAAUAUUUUAAGACGAACUCAGAAUUAUAACUUAGUUGCUAUAUUAAACUAUCUUUAGCAUCUUACAUGAGCAUUGAGCAUUGAAAAAAUGACUAAAAUGGCAGUCUCCUUGUGUUUUAGAGUCUAGAUUCUUUAAAUUUUUUGAAAACUGCCAACAUUUCUAAAUUUCAAGCCGUCAUAAAUAAUUUUUCCUUCUUUCAUUCUUUAUUCUUCCGGACUCCAAAAUGGCAAACAUCCGUUUUAUGACAUCAUUAAAUAAUAGCUUUGCUUCAUAUCUGUAUUUUUUUUUUUUUUUUUGGCUCCAAACUACUGACUGACCAUCCUCACAGAGCAGUACAUCCAUACAUUUUGGCAGGAGUUGUAUGUUACUCAUUCUCAAUUUUGCACAAUAUAUAUUUUUUAUUGAUUUUAUUGUAUUCUUUUUAUACUAUUAUUUCUUUAAAACAUAUGCAGAAAGGUACUUUAUUUUGUUUUUUCCAUGUUCUGUCAAUGUAAUUUUGCUUUAAAGAUUUGGGAGAGGAAAGAACUGGAAAAUCUAAAAAAAAUUCAGCUUCAUUCCUGGGAAAGUUGUGACUUCUCAGAGACGCAUCUCGUUGUUGAUCAGGUUCCGUUGUGCAGCGACAGAACCAAGACGUUCCGCCGUCGGCUCAGCCUGUGGGGGCAUUAAAACCUGGAACACACACGACAGUGGCCUUGAAUCCUCGCUGCAAUGACUUCCAAAAACAGAAGUUUUAAGAGAAAUCUCCUGCUUUUAGUUUGUUUAUCCCAGAUAGUGGCCACACCGCUGAACCAGUUUGUCCAUUUUGAAAGCAAAGCAUCUUUAUAGUUGGCAUGUUGCACAGUAAAUUACACUGAAUUGUGAUUUUUAUUUUUAUUUUUUUUUAUUUUUCCUCAUCUGCAUGUUCAAGAUAUAAUUUUUCUCUUGUGAGAGUUCACAACAGAUCUUUCAUUCCAGUCUGUGUACAUAGACUUUGCCAGGUGUUCUUCUCUGUGACUGUGCGUCUAUAUAUUUUUUUGGAGCUGAGAGGUUUUAGUUUAAAGAGUAAAAAGUCUGGAAAUGUUUUCAUGUUACAUUGCAGGAGAAUCAUUUUCAGUUGUUUUUUUUUUGUUUGUUUUGUUUUUAAUCCAACCUUUUUAAUUUCAGGACACACAUUAAGUAGAGGAAUAAUCAUUCCUUUUCUUUUUUCUGUUUAUCGAAAGACCAAAUUUCAUCCCAUUUUCAGUGUGCUGGCAUCCCAUUAGAGUUUAGUAACUACAACACAAACAACUGGGUGGCAUGUCGAUGCUCGACGCUCUAAUAAACGAUGCCAUCACGGCUCUAGAACCAACCACUCAACACCAGCAUGAAAGGGAGGUGGAUGAGACCUUCUUCAGACGGCGCUUGUGUGUUUCAGAUGACUUACCGCUGAUUUCAGUGAAAAGUAAAGUUUUUUGGGAGAUUUUUUUAAUGGAGCAUUUAACAUUCUCAUCAAAAGCUCAGGAAUUAUGCAACUCCCAUAGUUGUCUGUUUUAAUCUGGAGUUUAGAUUAAAAAGCCUAUUUUUAUUUAUUUAUUUUUUUGUUCUUACAAAAAAAAAAACUUUUUUACCUCCUUAAACGCUCCUUUUGUCCUGGAUACAAAAGCGAGAGUUUAUGUUGGAGUUUGUCAGUGAAAAUGUCUCUACACUAUAGCUGCUCCAAGCCAGUAAUUUGAAUGCAAGACAUUGUCAAGAUGUCCGAGGCGCCGUCACUGCCACAAGUAGCCAUGUUGUCCAAUGUCAUUUGUUUUAUUCUGACUUUCCAAAUGUUGAGCUUUAAAUCUGGUUCAAUAAGUUUGUUAGAUGAAGCUGAGCUAUUGAAGUGUUUCAUUGCCAGCAGUAACAUGAAAAAUUCAGAAGAUAUUAAAAUGAGUAAGUUUUUCAUUUUAACAUGCAAUUUAUGAGCGUUUUGCUGUCAUAACGAGAAAUCUUACUUGAAUGAGACACUUUCUACAAAAUUCAUUCCCUAACUUACUAGCUAGCUAUAAUGAGAGCUAGCUGGUAGCAAGGAAAUUGUGUCUUUUAAAGCUAAAUUGUGUGUUUUUUUUGUUUGUUUUUUGUUUUUUUUAUUUUGUUGUUAAAAAUCCAUGCAACUAUCUGGUUACUAAUUUCAGUGUGAAGUAAACUCUGCUAAGU